ACACGUGAUUAAUUCAGUAUGGCGGAGCUGUUGCCUGAAUGAUUUUUUUACAGUACCGACGGGUCCUAAAACCCUGCUCUGUGGAUGCUCCUGGAGACGAGGAGUAAACCAGCCACUUGCGCCCAAGGGUGCUCAAUUCAGAGCCUGACUGUAAGGAAUCCUGCCACAACACACCACUGAGGUCUCCACCUGUGGCUCGGUGUGAUGAAGCCCUGAGAAACAACUGCUCUCUGUCCCUGCUUGGCCUGGCGCCUCCACCUGGCAGCAACCUACUUGCCUGGCAAACACAUGGUGGUCACUACAGCCACCACGGAGGUGCACUGACACCAUCACCGCUCACCUCUCCUCUCCUCCCCCGUCAAGUCCGCCUGGCAACAACAACCAUAACAAUGAGCUCUCACAGUCGAGCAGGUGGCUUGACCAGCAACGAGCAGCCUGUGGAACUUCUUAAACCAGCUGCACUCAACCAUUUCGUGGACGUGAGCACGGCAGCACUGCCCAUGCAGGUGCCCCCCGCCACCACAGCCAUCCUUCCCAUGGACCUGCGCGUAGUGGACCAUCACCCCCACCACCAUCACCACCAGCAGCCCCCGUUUGGCCUGGUUCCCCAACCCCACCCUACACCGCCCAUCUCCACAGCGUCCUCCGAGCCAGGCCGCGGGCCAGGAAUAAACCACCCGGAGCAGCACCUGCAGCAGGAGCUGGUCACUCUCAAACACAAGCAGCAGCUCCAGAGACAGCUCCUCAUCGCCGAGUUCCAGAGGCAGCAUGAGCAGCUGUCGCGACAACAUGAAGUCCAGCUGCAGGAGCAUAUCAAGCACCAACAGGACUUACUGGCCCUCAAGCACCAACAAGAGCUGUUGGAGCACCAGAGGAAGAUGGAGCAGCAGCGUCACGAGCAGGAGAUCGAGAAGCAGCAGCGGGAACACAAGCUCCUACAGCUGAAAAACAAGGAGAGGGGACAGGAGAGUGCAGUCGCUAGUACAGAGGUUAAGAUGCGACUUCAGGAGUUUGUCCUGAACAAGAAGAAAGCCCUGGCUCAGCGAAGCCUAAACCACUGUCUGCCCAGCGACCCGCGCUACUGGUAUGGAAAAACCCAGCACAGCUCUUUGGACCAGAGCUCGCCUCCUCAAACAGCAUUGUCAGCGUACACCCACCCGAUGCUGGGCACAUACGACUCAAAAGAUGACUUCCCUCUCCGUAAAACAGCCUCUGAGCCCAACCUGAAGCUUCGUUCCCGGCUAAAGCAGAAGGUGACAGAGCGCCGCAGCAGCCCCCUGCUCCGAAGGAAAGAUGGUCCCAUCACUACUGCCAAGAAGCGUUCCCUCGACGUGGCUGAGUCCGCAUGCAACAGUGCACCAGGCUCAGGCCCCAGCUCCCCCAACAACAGCUCCAGCAACAUCCCCAAUGAGAACGGGGUCACCAUCUCCAGCAGCCCAGGAGAGGCCUCCCUGCUUCAGAGGUUGGCUGCAAGAGAAGGUUCAGUGAGCCAGCUCUCUCUCUACACCUCCCCUUCUCUGCCCAACAUCACCCUGGGACUGCCAGCCACAGGCCCAGCUAGUGCUGUGGUGUCAGGACAUCAAGAUGGUGAGAGUCGUCUGGCGUUGCCUGCGCUACAGCAGGGCAUUCCUCUGACCUCUCCAUUCCUGCCCGCUGCCCACCUGCCCUCCUACUUGGCAUCUUCAGCUCUGGACAGGGAGGGGGCCGGAGGGGGCACGGCUGGUCACAACCCCCUCCUCCAACACAUGGUGCUGCUGGAGCAGAGCCACAAUCCAAUGGUCGGCCUGGCUGGCCUCCCGCUGCCGUCACCCUCUGUCUCCAAACUUGCGCGUGGCCACCGUCCCCUCGGAAGAACCCAGUCGGCCCCUCUGCCGCAGCAGCAGUGUGGACAGGCCCAAGCCCUGCAGCAGCUGGUGGUCCAGCAGCAACACCAGCAGUUCCUGGAGAAACACAAACAACAGUUCCAGCAGCAGCAGCAGCACAUCAUCAACAAGAUCAUGUCCAAGCCCGGUGAUCAGGUCUCGGCUGCAAGCUCAGGCACCUCAGGACCGCCCAGGCAGCACCAGAGUCACCCAGAGGAGACGGAAGAGGAGCUCAGGGAGCACCAGGGGCUCUCCCUUUCAUCUUCGUCCUCCUCUUCUACGUCCGCACAGGAGACAGGACCCCUGCGAGGGCUGGUCAUCAAGCAGGAGCCCCCAGACCCCCAAGAGCAUGAGGAGAGAGAGAAGAGGCAGGUUGAGCAGGACUUCCUGUUUCGACAGCAGGCUCUGCUGUUGGAGCAGCAGCGGAUCCACCAGCUGAGGAACUACCAAGCCUCCAUGGAAGCAGCCGGGUUGUCAGUGAGCUUUGCGGGGCACCGCCCCCUCUCCAGGGCUCAGUCGUCUCCAGCCUCAGCCUCCUUCCCCAUGGUGGUGCCGGAGCCGCCUGUCAAGCCCCGAUUUACUACAGGUCUGGUGUAUGACUCAUUGAUGCAGAAGCAUCAAUGUAUGUGUGGCAACACCACCAGUCAUCCAGAGCACGCGGGACGCAUCCAGAGUAUCUGGUCCAGACUACAGGAAACAGGCCUCAGGGCGCACUGCGAGUGUAUCCGCGGUAGGAAGGCCUCACUGGAGGAGUUACAGACGGUCCACUCUGAAGCGCACGUCCUGCUGUAUGGAACCAACCCUCUGCGGCAGAAACUAGACUGUUCGGUGAGCCCCAUGUUUGUGAGGUUACCAUGCGGAGGCGUAGGGGUGGACAGUGACACCAUUUGGAACGAGGUCCAUUCAUCCAGUGCAGCUCGUCUGGCCGUGGGCUCUGUGGUGGAGCUGGUCUUCAAAGUAGCAUCAGGAGAACUGAAGAACGGCUUCGCUGUAGUUCGACCACCUGGACACCACGCUGAGGAGAGCACGCCUAUGGGGUUCUGUUACUUCAACUCGGUCGCCAUAGCAGCAAAGCUGCUGCAGCAGAGACUCAAUGUCAGUAAAAUCCUCAUCGUGGACUGGGAUGUUCACCACGGUAAUGGCACCCAGCAGGCCUUCUACGCAGACCCCAGUGUCCUCUACCUGUCACUGCAUCGCUACGACGAUGGGAACUUCUUCCCUGGCAGCGGAGCACCCGAUGAGGUGGGCAGUGGAGCAGGUGUAGGCUUCAACGUGAACAUGGCCUUUACUGGAGGACUGGAACCUCCCAUGAGUGAUGCAGAGUAUCUGGCUGCAUUUAGGACGGUGGUUAUGCCUAUUGCCAACGAGUUUGCCCCAGACGUGGUUCUGGUAUCUUCAGGCUUUGAUGCGGUAGACGGACAUGCUCCACCCCUGGGAGGAUACAAACUGACAGCCAAAUGCUUUGGCUACCUGACCAGGCAGCUGAUGGCUCUGGCAGGCGGCCGGUUGGUGCUCGCCCUGGAGGGGGGUCACGACCUCACAGCCAUAUGUGAUGCCUCCGAAGCCUGCGUCUCUGCUCUGCUCGGCAAUGAGCUGGACCCCAUACCUGACGAGGUGCUGCAGCAGAGGCCGAACGCCAACGCUGUCCACUCUAUGGAGAAUGUUCUUGAAAUACAGAGUAAAUACUGGCGCUCGCUGCAGCGCUCCGCCUCCACGCUCGGCUGCUCGCUGAGCGAAGCCCUUCAGCGUGACGCAGAGGAAGCUGAAACUGUCUCUGCUAUGGCCUCAUUGUCUGUCGCCAACAAGCACAUUGGAAAGAGGGCUGAAGAGGAACCAAUGGAAGAGGAAGCUCCUAUGUAAAGAAACAAGCCUUUGACCACUCAGACCAGUCUUCAUUUCUGACAGUGUCCUCAUCCAGUCAGUGUCAAUUUAAACGCCACUCUUAUGUCUCACCCCUGCCAUACCGAGAUGGCAUCUUAUUCCGGGAGAGAACUAGCAGAGCUGACUAAAAAGUGGUGCUCAAAGGAAAGCAGGAACACUGAGGAUGAGCGAUGCAUUCACUGAUCAGCGGUGCACAGACUGAUCAGCAUAAAUGUGUUGUCUCUCCAAGACCUUGGAUAUAAGAGGAUCGACUCGUCCAUCCCACAGCGACAACCUCGAGUGCCAGUGCUAACACUAAAACACUAGACAAGAUGUACUUUUUUGAACGCCAGUCAGAACUAUUCACAGAUGAUCCACAGUCAUCUACUUUUCUUAUUGUUCUGUUCUUUCUGUGCUUUAUCUUCGCACUUUUGUCGAAAAAAACCACCAGAGCUGAUGUGAUUGUGACUCUGCACUACGGAUGAUUCAUUCCUGCUCUUUUUAAGAUAUUUGGACAAAUGGAACCAAGCGGUCGAAGAUCUCAAGCUGAUUACAGAUGUUCAGCAGGUGUUGUGAUUCCAAAAUGACUGACAGUGAAAGACUGUGCCUUUUGUUUUUCCAAACCUGGUGGAUUUUCAUUUAAACUCUACCGAAAGAGCUUUGCCUUAAAAAAAAAACAGGUUUGGGAACAAGGCCUCUUCUCUCCUCCAACCCCUUAAACUUUUCUAUCCUGGCAAGACAUCCAAUGCCUGCAUGUUGUUGGCACAUAGACUGGAGGACCUUGGCAUGUUUACCUAGAAUUCCCUGCAAGCAGCCUGCUGUUUCUCACUGUACCUCCAUCUUUCCCUUUUUCUCCCUCAUUUAAAUAAUCUCAUUUUUAAGAAGGUAGUUCCCAACCACACAUUGGAGCUGGUUCAGUGUAUAAGGAAGUUACAGGUAUUACUCAGUGGAUCAGAUUCAGUCCUGCAGCCAGAGGAAACUUCAUGAGCAGCAGCUGCACCUUACGCGCAUGUUGCAUCAAUCAACAGUGGUUAGUUAAUUAUAGUGAAGAGGAUGCAGGAAUUGUUAAUCAGUUUUUGUACUUGAAAUGUAUUUAUUUCGAGGUUCAGCGGUGCAUAAUGGCAGGCCACAAGAUUUUCAAUGGGCAGGUAUUGGGUUGAUCUGAUUAAGACAGUUAAGUACUAAAGCAACAUGACUAUUCAAACUGUAUGUAGUUUAUGAAGCCAAAGCAUGAUAAAGCAUGAUGGAUGUAUUCUAUCAAGUCUUCAUUUAACAUGAGAAUCAGUCCCAUUUUGCAAAUGAAUAAGGGAUGGAGAGGAAUUAAUCACACAUGGGCCAAUUUGUCGGACCAGCCCUCUCUUUAAGACGACUGUGAUCUCCGUGGUAACAAUGACCAAACCACCUGGGAUUUUCCAGAGGGGUGUUCCGGGCCUGCACUGGCUCUCACAGCUGCUUUAACAUCUUUAGUCCCUUGUUAAGCACGUCUGCUCCCCAAAUGUCAGGUGCUAAGAGGCAGGUGUGUGCACAUCUGUUCAAAUACAGUGAAGCACAAGCUGCUCUUUAUAAAUAUUCAAGUGUAUACGCAUAUUUUUUAAGUUGUUGAAUAUCCCUGCAACUUUGAAUAGCACAUGUAGCUUACUGAUACUGAUACUGUUAUGGAUGCUGUUUAAUAUUUCUUUGGGCUCUGUACUGACCAGCUAAGCUGUACUUAGUCAGACUCACCAUAUGUAGACUCUUUGUGUAAGUCUGCCAUUGGCUGCCACAGACUUUAAUCUCCUCCCCUUCCACUAUCUAGUCUGCACCUGUUGCUGCAUCCUGGGCUUAGCAUUGUCCAAAAAGAUUGAAAAGAAAUACAAACAAACCAGAUUUUUUCCCCCUAUACAGCAGGGUGAUAACGAGUUCAACCAGACCAUUCUGUGCUUACACAGAGCUGUGGAGAAAGGUCUGGCUAUGGAAGACUAGACCAUUUUUGGCAGGUUAAAAGCCAUUUAUUUUUCCAUUUAGAGCCGAUCAGACUUGGACUUCCUGUCUGAAACCGUCCCUCCAACUUGUGGUCCAAGGCAACUACCUUCUCUCACCUUCGUCUCAUCUACAGGCUAAUCAUGUUUCAUGUAUUUUUUCAGUGAACAGGAAACAGAGAGCUGUGGUGUUUGCUGUUGUUUACUGUACAUAGGACAUCGAUCUCCCGAGUAUUCCUGCCACACACAUUUGUCAAUGACUACUCUCCUUUUGCUGAUUCUUUCCCUCUCGUCCAUGUCUUUUCCGCUUUCAGUGGACUCCAGUAACUUCUUCUUUUUGUACUUUUUUUUUAAUGUUUUGUUGACUUCCCCCCUCUCCGUGUCUCUGUUAUAUUGUAAAGCUGACAUAUGUUACAACAGGUGAGGGUUCACAUCCUGUUUUUAGUGACAUGACUGUGUUUUCUGGGUUCUGGGUUUUUGUGGGAGGGUUUGGGAGUCAAAUGUUUCUACUUUGUAUAAUGAUGGACAAUUGUGUAUUUACUGUCUGUUCAUAGUAGAUUUAUAUAUGAAAAGAAAUGAGUAUAUUAUAUAUAUAUAUAUCUAUACAUAAUGAAAUACUAUGAUCUUGUUUUUGAAGUUGGUAUUGAAAAAUGAUACUAUUCCUGGGCCUCGCUGACAGUCGGCUCUUUUUAGGGUGUCCCUGAAGGCACCAUGCUGUCUUCGGUUACAGCUGGUUACGUGUUGAGUAGCAUCGUUCUGGUCGUCUUUUUCUCUUUCAACACUGAUGACUAGUUUUUGGCUUCAUCCAUCCCAUUGAUACCAUGACACUGUUACAGUCGGUGUUCCUUUCCCCUCCAGUCAGCCUUACAUAAUCCUGUUAUUCCACCUUUUUUUGAUUUCCUAUGUUUUGAUUAGAGCCUGACCGAUAUGGGAGACCAAAUCACAGAUUAUCGAUAUGGCGGCUGAUACAGUGAAUUCUUGAGCUGGAAUGAAAAUAGAUUUUUUUUUCACCAAUUUUACACUGCUGUGACUCUGCAAAGGUACUCAGAAGGCUGCUUUCUCAAACAAUAACACAAUUAUACAUUAUGCAUACAAUAUAUUACAUUAUCAACCAAAUCUAGAAAGAAAAUAAAGAUUAAUACAAAUAAAAUGAAUACCUAUAAAAACGUCACUACUAAAUGUUCAGUACCAGUAAAUUUGCUGAGCAUUUAAAUUAAGAAUACAAAUUAAAAUAUUAUAUAUUUUAUUUUUAUUCUACACAUUUUAAAAAUAAUCAAAGUAGUGAUCUGUUUCUUUCUCUUUCUUUACGAGCUCAUCUAUGUUUGAAUUGGAACGUGGCCAUGCUAUUUCUUACAUUAAAUCAGAUAAAUCUGACGGGCUUUACAAAUGAUUUUGCAUGAUCAGCACUUAUUCCCUUAUCUGGACCAGUGCCUUCAGUUUUAAUAGUUAAUUAGUAUUCCUUUAAAUUCAUCAAGUGUAAAGAAACGAAGUGAUGUCUCUGGGUAAUACUGUUCUGCAUCGAAAAUAUCUCAUGUCAAUUACUGGCUUUUCUUGUACUUUUAACAAUAUUUGAGUCUUAAAAAACAUAUUCAUGAAACAUUCAUUCAAUUUUCUAAAAUCUCAAGCAGACUUGCAAGAAGUAAAUUCUCUAACUUUGACUGAAUGUAUGUGACCUUAACUGAAAGAGCAAUGCUGCAUCUCUCUUGUGUCCCAACUGUAAAACACCUCCACAGCUUCUGCAGGAGUCCAGAAACAUCAAAGUUCAGGCUAAUUUAUUCUAUUCUAAUGUACAAGGACAACAGAAAAUGCAGGUGAAUCUGAAGAAAAGAUAUUAUUUUCCUCUCUGUUCCCUCAGGGCUGCCACCUCUUAGUUGAUUAGUCGACUAAUCUGUCCCUUUCGGUCUUCGUCGACUAAGAUUUCUUUAGUGGACGCUGAAUGACUUUUUAAGAAAAACUUUUGAGCAGAUCUCUGGUAAGCACAACAUAUAAAGUGGUGCUUUUGCAUGAUUCUUUCAAGAAAAACUCAAUUUUACAGAUCUGUUGAUUAGUCGACUAAUCGAUUAGUCUAAUUUGUACGACAGUUAGACGAAAAGGAUUUCUUUAGUUGAGGGCAGCCCUAUUCCCUUUAUAUCAAACACCUCUUUCGUCUGUGUUUUUUUUAGUUUCCAAACCUUCAUUCACAUUAUUGUAGAUGUAUUUGUGGUUGGAAUAUGAAUAUAUAUAUAAUGCAUAUAGUCAGGCUGCCCUGACUAUCACCAUAACUUUGGAUUCGCUGACAUGUCCGUGCGUGUAAACACCCUUGAUGAGAUGCUUUUCCGUAACCCAGCCCAGAACAUUCCCAGAACCUUUACACAGCAGUGCCAGUCAUGGGGUUUCUACUGCUGAAUGCUUUGGUUUCUCAAAAGGAGCCAAAACUAGCACUGUCUGGCCACUGUGGCCCGUCUGUCUUCACUGUUAGUCUUAACACAAUGUCCAGUACCAGAAGAAAGCAGCAACAUUCCAUUUAGUUAUAAUUUCCAUUUAUUAGGAGGGGCCAUAUCUUUGUGUUUUAACCCUCAUAGUUCAGUCCAGCCAGGUCCAACAGCUGUCUGUUUAUUUAGGUGGCCUGGUCCGACUCCACUCCAUUCCUCCUUUCUCUCUGCAUGAUCCGUGUGUCCGCAUGCACUGCCUACCUACCUGUCUGUCUGUCUGUCUGUCUCUCUGUCUGUCCCGUAACACAUAUCAGCACAAGGGAUCGAGCACUGAAGGACAUUAGUACUUUCACUGUAUCCAAACUGUCUUAUCUCUUUUACUGCUUUUUGUUUCUGCUGGGGAGGAGUGUGGGUGCUUUCCAUGUUGUGCUUUGACCUGUAGGAUAUGGAAUCAUCAAACCUGGAAGACUUCUGUUGAAUAUUUUACAAAAAAAGAAGAAAAAAAAGGUAUCUAGCACUUGUAACACAGACAAUAGAUUUUAUUGUAUUUAUGUAGAAAAACAAAUUGUUUUAGGGGGACGCUUUGUAAACUGCGACAACAGAAUGGACAAACUUUUUUAUAUACCAGGCGAGAUGUGACUCUGGUGGACUUUUUGGGAAGACAUUUUUGUUCUUUGUCACAUCUGGACUGAACAAAGGGCUCCAUCCUGGUGCCUGGUCCUUGUUACAGUUGUCCAUUCCACUAAAUAAGCCAGUUAUUGCUAUGACCACUGUGGUUCAAACAAACAGUUCUAGGUUUACAUAUGUAUAAAAUGCAUAUUCUUUUUUUAUCAGUUAUGUUUUUGACUUGUUCCACCAUUGUUACAGAAAUAGUACAUUUUUCUCGGGAACCUUUGCUCUAACAUGUUGUCUUUGACAUCUACAAUAUAAAGUAUUGUUUUGGAAAAAC